AUGACAGAUCCCAAUCCGACCGAUGCCGGCAUUAUUACCGUGGGUGAGGAACGAUGGAUCCCUGGAUCAAGACGGGCCGACGGAUCCUACCGGCCCGCUCGCAAAGUACGGGCCGGUUUCACACCAUUAGAAGAUGUUCAACGCUAUGCAUCACCACAAGCCCGACAGCAGGCAGAGCAGGAACAGCAACGACAUUUGCUACAGAGUAGAGAAGAAGAGCAGAAACGACAAAAGCCUAUCAAAGAGGCAAGGCCACACACACAGCCUGCUGCCACCAACACCACCUCGGUUGAAGAACGGAAAAUCCGUAACGUGCAGAAAAAGAUUAGACAGGUCGAAGAGUUGGAGCAAAAGUUGAUCAAGGGCGAAACAUUAAAUGACGACCAGCGCGAAAAGGUGAAAAAGGGCAAGGCACUACGCGACGAAUUGGCUAAACUGACAGCUUCUGCGUCAUAG